AUGAUGGCGUUUGGGGACGACCCAGACGACGGCAUGUCGGAGCGACUACUUGAAGAGAGUGAAGCAGGAAGCACUGCGUCUACCAUCCCGCUCACCGACGACUUUGAGCUCAUCUCCGAGCGGGAGACGCUCGUGUUCGAGGACGAUUUCUUUCGACAGCAGCAGCGACUCGGCAAGCGCGGUGGCUUCUUCCAGACGUACUUGAUGGAGAAGAUUCAGCCAGGAUCAGUGAAAGGAUCUAUGUUCACCAUGACCGUCGCGAUCGUGGGUGCUGGCGUCUUGGCGCUUCCCUACGCCGUACAACAGGCUGGAUUGGUGCUGGGUAUUUCCCUCAUUGCACUAGGAGCCAUCGCUACCAAUUUCACGUUGAGACUAUUGCUGGAAUGUUCGGAUCUGGGGCAGGCGCGAUCGUACAUGGACUUGGCUUCGGUCACAGGAGGACGCAAGCUUGCAGGGUUUACUCAGCUGGUGGUAUGCAUGAACCUGUUCGGAACGAGUAUCGGCUACCUCGUCGGUAGUGCGGAGCUGAUUCAACUUGCGUUGAGGACGUUCUUGGGCAGAACGAGCCAGAGUAUCUUCCUGGAUCGGCAAGCGCUGAUUUUGAUGUUGACUGGGCUGCUGGUGCUUCCACUGUCGCUGCUGCGAAGUCUGGAGUCGUUGAGAUUUUCAUCGUUAUUUUCUAUCGUGUGUAUCGUGUUCAUGGCGUUGGUUAUUGUGAUCAAAUACUUCCAGUUCGUGCACGAAGGGCUGGCCCCGACGAUCGCGUACCAGCUCAAGCACUUGCCGCUAUUUGACUGGCGUCUCAGUCAUUUGCUACGCGCAGUUCCACUCGUGGUGUUCUCGUUUACAUGCCAUCCUAACGUCCUUCCUAUCUAUUUGGUGCUCAAGCGUCGCUCUAGCAGAAGGAUGUACAAGGUCAUGAAUCGCAGCAUCGGCAUCGCCACGACUGUGUACUCGCUGUGUGGUUUCUUCGUAGUGCUCACAUUCGGCGAGGCCACCCGGUCCAAUUUCCUUAAGAACAAUUACCACGGCGACGGCGCUGUGAUUGCCGGGUGUCUAGGCUUCAGUAUCGCGUUGAUUCUUACCGUCCCGCUGUUCAUGCACACGUUGCGAGACAAUAUCCGUGAGGCGCUAUUGGGGAACCGUCGACUGGAUUUGAUGCGUCAUGCUGGACUGUCGACUUUUCUGGUGCUUGCAGCGCUUAUGGUGGCGCUAGGAUCAGGAGAUAUCGCUUCGGUUCUUGGCGUUCUUGGUGCCACGACAAACCCGACGAUUUGCUUCAUGCUGCCAGCGUUUUUCAUCCUCCGUCUGGGUGGCGAGAACCACCGAGCGAGUCAGAUCAUCGCCGGCCUAAUGGCAGUUGUCAUGACCAUCGUGAGCGCGCUUAGUCUGCUGCAACAAAUGCACUUCAUCUCCUAA